UCUCCCCACAAUACAAGGAAGCAGAAGAAAACGAAACGAAGAAAAACAGAGAAACUUCCCACUUUGUCUUCUUCAUUCCAAAUCCAAACCCUAAUUUUGUCCAAAUUAUCCCUAAUAUUCACCAACCCCAAUCUAAAUCUCGAUCUCUAAACCCCCAAAUUCUCAAUUUCGUAACCUAAUCUGUUUCUCAAUUCAAUGUUCCAGAAUCAUUUCACCUAGAAACUAUCGGGAUUAAGUAAUUGAAGAAGAAGCCCUAAUUGUUAGGGCUUCCUUAAUUCUUUACGAUUACAUCAAUGGGUUUUCUCCAUCGAGGUAUUUUCAAUGGUAUUUGUGGUUUAAUUUUGUUAAUUUUCUUUUUCCGUUCACAAAAUAGUAAAUUAGGGAUUUUUCCCCCGAAUUUGGAUUCAGAAAAUGGGUUUCAUGGGGUUAUACAUAGGAGGAUGUUUGAAACUGGGUCGAAUUCCUCUUUAAACAAUUCGUCGUCCUCGAAUGAUUUGGCAGUAAAGAGUCCAUCAUUGUGCUCAGGAAUACAAAAACAUGAAGGUUUUGGGAGUGAAUGUGAGUUCUUGAAAGCUCAUCCGUCGUGUACUUCUGGUGGUUAUUUCGAUUACAUUACAUUUUUCUACUGUGAUUGUCAGAAUUUUCAUGUGUUUGGAUAUAUGGUACUUGCAUUGUGGCUUGGGGCAUUGUUUUAUCUUUUAGGUAAUACUGCAGCUGAUUACUUCUGUUGUUCGUUAGCUAAGUUGUCGAAAUUAUUGAAAUUCCCACCGACAGUUGCGGGUGUAACGUUGCUUCCGUUGGGUAAUGGUGCACCUGAUGUGUUUGCUAGUGUAGCUGCAUUUGUUGGGACUGAUGCUGGUGAAGUGGGGUUGAAUAGUGUGUUGGGUGGAGCUGUUUUUGUUACUUGUAUUGUUGUUGGGACGUUAUCACUUUGUGUUGCGGAGAAGAGGGUCAGGAUUGAUAGGAAGUGCUUUAUUAGAGAUAUAAGUUUCUUUUUGUUUACACUUGUGUCGUUAUCUGUGAUUUUGAUUAUUGGGAAGAUUAGUGUGAUGGGUGCAAUUGCGUUUGUGUCGAUUUAUGUUGUUUAUGCGAUUGCUGUUGCUGCAAAUGAGUUCUUUAGGAAACAUGCGCCGAAGUUGAGAUUUGAUGUUGUGACACCAUUGCUUCCUGUUAGAGGAAGUAUUUUUUCUCAUGGAAGUGAAGAUGAAGAAUCAUUCUAUAGUCCGUUGCUUGAUGUGGAUCAUGAGAAUGAUUCCCCAGAACUACAGAAUACAUUACCUCAAUGGAUGUGGGCAUCAAAUGUUGCUAUUUAUUCGAAUCACUCACUGAUGCAUGGUAUGGACGAAAGCUCGAGGCCGUUAUGGGGUUGGAUUGAUGAUGAGACACGGACACACAGAAAGGCAAUGUCUUGUUCGUCUAAGGUAUUUACCCUGAUGGAGAUGCCUUUGACCCUCCCUAGACGUCUAACAAUUCCUAUUGUUGAGGAAGAACGGUGGUCGAAAGUUUUUGCUGUUGCUAGUGCUUCCUUGGCUCCAAUGCUUCUUGCAGUUUUGUGGAAUACACAGGAUAAGAUGAGCUCUGCAAGCAGAAUCGUUUCUUACAUUAUAGGUUUUGUCCUUGGUGCUACGCUUGGCAGUCUUGCAGCAUACUUCACACGAGCUGAUCAUCCACCUCGAAGGUUCUUAUUUCCAUGGGUAUUUGGAGGAUUCUUCAUGAGUAUCAUCUGGUUCUACAUUGUGGCUAAUGAGCUUGUGGCGCUUUUGGUGGCAUUGGGGGUCAUUUUUGGAAUCAACCCGUCAAUCCUUGGUUUAACUGUACUUGCAUGGGGAAACUCUAUGGGUGAUUUGAUGUCAAAUGUUGCUCUGGCUAUUAACGGUGGUGAUGGAGUACAAAUUGCAAUGUCAGGAUGCUAUGCUGGGCCUAUGUUCAACACACUUAUGGGUUUGGGGAUCUCGUUGUUGAUUGGAGCUUUGUCAAAUAGUCCUGCGCCAUACAUGCUUCCACGAGAUAGCAGCUUGAUUUAUACGAUGGGAUUUCUCAUGUUAGGACUUAUCUGGGCACUGUUUGUUUUACUUCGGAACAAUAUGCAGCCGAACAAGAUGUUAGGAGUUGGUCUCAUGAUCAUUUAUCUAACCUUUCUAACUAUUAGAGUGACCAGUGCAAUGGGUAUUGUAUCAUUAGCUGGCCUAAGAUGAUGUUUCCAUUAGCUAACAGUAAGAGGUAGAUUGAAUAUAGAUAGUGUGUGGACAUGUACAACAGCUCUGGUUGGUCCUGGUUCUUACAUCUCAGUUAGGGUACGAACGCUUGUGGCAUAGUUGUACUUUAACCUGAAUGUGAAUAUCAUGAGAUUGCAUCUGGCACCAUUAUGUACAGUUAACAAUGCAGGAGAGUUUCUCCUUGAUAAACAUUUGUUUUUCAUGAUAAUCUGAAGAGACUCAUUUGUUUAGCUGUCAAUUGAGUUUCUGUAUUUUUUUUUUGUGUGAGUUCAGUUCUCGUUGUUCUUGGUUUUUGUUCCUUUUGUCCUGUAUUCUUUAUCAACCGCAGCUAUUUUUCAUGGCGAUAACAGAGUUGAUGGAGGCUGGUGAUAAAAGUGCGUUUCAGUCAACCACGUUCAUCUAUGUUCUGAGUGUGUUGCAAUCUCCAGUCGACCAUCUGACAAUGCUUUAUCUGAAGGUAGGACAAGAUUCACAGUGAAGCAGUUGAAAGGGAUUCAAUAAGCAGUUCUGGCCCACUCACUAAAUUUCAGGCAGGCAAACUGCUUACAGGUGUAUUUGUGGAGGAUUAUUUUGAAGGCCACCUACCCUCUGAAGCUGUUUUUCAUCCCAGAUAAGCCUGACCGAAUUUCCAUCUCUAGGAGACCAAACUAUACAAACAGGUUAUCAAAAUCCAUCGUUUUGGUAAGGCUUGGUUGCUGGUCUUAAGUCAUGGGAAUGCAAGCUUACUGUUUUCUUGCUUUCCUAAUUGGCUAAUCUACUUCUAUUUGUGCUUAAACCACUUGUCCGUUAUGUCCUCCCCGUUAGAUUAGUUUACAGGACCACCAUUGUAUUGAUCUUUUCCCCUUAUCCAUCUCUUGAGAAUGUUUGUCAGAAAACCAAGUCCACUGGUAAAAACAUUUUACUUCUCA